AUGUCUGAUCACUAUUUCAAACCUCCUUUCAUGGAAGAGGACUCUCCUUUGUUCAAAGAUUAUCUUCAAGAUUUCCAUCACUUUGAUAAUCACAAUCAGUUUCCCAACACCACAAACAACAAUGGGUGUUCCUCAAAUCCCAUUUUUGGUGUCCCAGAUACAUCAAAUUUUGAAUCUUUUGAUGUUUUCCCAUAUGGGUCUUCAACAAACAUUGAUGUUUAUGAUUAUGAGUGUAAGCCAUUGAUAGAUAACAAUGGUGGAAGUGGUCAAGUCAUGGACAACUUUGGUACUGGAGGGUAUCUCAACAACAACCAUCUCCCUCAGAGAAACCACCCUUUCAAUCUUAAUCCUCUGAGUUUUGAGCAAGUGAAGCACAUUGAUUUUGUGGUGCCUGAUGAGGUCUCUAGCGUUGAUGUAAGUAGUGUUUGCAUGGCUAAAAAUAGGGGAUUUUCUUCGACCCGAAAGCCGUUUAAGGGUAAAAAGAAGCCUCAUGUUGUGAAGGGGCAAUGGACUGCAUCAGAGGACAGGUUUUUCUUUUUAUUAGAUCGCGCUUGUUCUGAUUUUCUAUUGAUUUGA